UCAGACGUUAGAUUCUCACUGGGGCGCAAACCCUACUGUGAACUGAGCCUUGGAGGGAUCUAGGUUGCGCGCUCCUUGUGAGAAUCUGAUGCCCGAUGAUCUGUCACCCAUCACCCACAGAUGGGACCUUCUAGUUGCAGGAAAACAAGCUCAGGGCUCCCAGUGAUUCUACAUUAUGGUCCUUGACUGGCACCGCCUGAUCCCCCUCACCUGGGCCUGUAUCGCUAGGCAGAUUCCUCAUCUUGGAGAACAGAGAAGGACAACAGCUUCCAUGUUGCGCAAACUGACCACAGCCUCCAGUGGAGGGUUCACUGAGGAGUCAUCCUGUAUUAGAUCCAGUGACUCUGUGCAGGAGCCAGAAUGCAGGAGGAAUCUUGUUCAGUGCCUCCCUGAGGAGCAGAGGACUCCUGUGGAACAAGGGUCCUUGGUGCUGGAGAGAGUCGUCAGUUCCCUCCAGGACAUGGGUUUCAGCAAUGCCCAUAUUAAUGAAUUGCUCCGUGUACAGCCAGGUGCCAGUCCUCAACAGUUGCUGGACAUCAUUUCAGAAUUUAUUCUCUUGGGUCUGAAUCCAGAGCCUGUGUGUGUGGCCGUGAAGAAAAGUCCCCAGUUAUUGAAACUGCCUAUUAAGCAAAUGAGGAGGCGCUCCAGUUACCUGCGAAAGCUUGGGCUUGGAGAAGGGAAAUUAAAGAGGGUGCUUUCCUGUUGCCCUGAAAUUUUUACCAUGCCUCAGCGGGACAUUGAUGGCACUGUCAGGCUUCUUAAGGAGAAGUGCCUUUUCACGGUACAGCAAGUCACCAGGAUUUUGCACAGCUGCCCCUUUGUUCUUCGAGAGGACCUGGGCCAAUUGGAAUAUAAGUUUCAGUAUGCAUAUUUCAGGAUGGGAAUUACGCAUCCAGACAUUGUAAAGAGUGAGUACUUGCAGUAUCCACUAACCAAGAUUAAGCAGAGACACAUUUACUUGGAGCGCCUGGGACGGUACCAAACCCCUGAUAAGAAGGGGCAGACACAGAUCCUUAACCCAUUGGUCAAGAACAUUCUCAGAGUUUCAGAAGCCGAGUUUUUGGCCAGGACAGCCUGUACUUCUGUCGAGGAAUUUGAGGUUUUUAAGAAGCUCCUGGCUCGGGAAGAGCAGGAGUCUGAGAGCGGCAUAUCUGAUGGCAAAAGGGCAAGUCUGGAGGAGGAUGAGGAGGACGAGGAGGAGGAGGAAGACGAGGAGGAGGACGAGGAGGAGGAGGAGGAGGAGGAGGAGGAAGACGAGGAGGAGGACGACGAGGAGGAGGAGGAGGAGGAUGACGAUGAUGAAGAUGAUGAGGAGGAACAGCUGUGAUGGGAGGACCAAAGCAAAGGGUCAGAGAUACCAAGGAAGCUUUCCAUUCACUUAGCGCUUUUGGGUCCUUUACGUGAAUCUUCUCAAGUUAUUUUUUAUUCUAAAACUAGUCUUUUGAUGAAAAAAAUUAUCAAUCACCUGAGAGGUAGAUCAAACCAAACAGAAAACAGGAAAUGCAAGUUUGAUCUGUCGUCAGGUGUCUGUGGGGAGGGCCCUGUCCCAUCCUAAAUAACAUACAUACUGUGAGCUAUUCAAAUCAAGGGGACUCAAUACAUCAUUUUGUUUUAUUUUUUUUCUCUUUUUGAAUAUGUUGGUAAUAAUUCCAUGACAGUUGCAAGAUGGGGUUCCUUCUGGUUCAGGAAUCACUUUGUAUUUCCUUCUAGUGAUAAAAAUAAAAUUAUGAGAAGGCAGUGUGGGGUUUUAGUACAUCACAGCACUUUAUUUUAUGAAAACAUGUAGCAGGUUUUCCACAAAAAUAUUUGUUUUUAAUCCAAAAGUAUAUCAUUUCAUAAUGGCAUUCAGUGUGCAGCAGUGAUUCGUGAUGUGCUGGUUAAUUUGCACAGCGUCUCAAGACCAGCAAAAUAUUGCGGCAGUUUUAUCUUUGUGAAU